UCCCCCUCCAAGGCAGCAGUCAUGAACUGGAAUUGGCUGGAGGACCUCAUCAGUGGGGUCAACAAUUACUCCACAGUGUUCGGUCGAGUCUGGCUCUCAGUGGUCUUCAUCUUUCGGGUGAUGGUGUUUGUGGUGGCGGCUCAGCGAGUGUGGGGUGACGAGAGCAAAGAUUUUGAAUGCAACACUAAACAGCCAGGCUGCGCCAACGUGUGCUACGACCACUUCUUCCCCAUCUCCCACAUCCGCCUGUGGGCCCUGCAGCUCAUCUUCGUCACAUGCCCGUCGCUGAUGGUUGUUGCCCAUGUCAAAUAUCGACAGAUGAAGGACUUAAAGUACACCACCACCCAUGAGGGUAAACACAUGUAUGCCCGCCCUGGGAAGAAACGCGGAGGGCUGUGGUGGACAUACCUGGUGAGUCUGAUCUUAAAGGCAAGCUUUGAUGCUGCUUUCCUCUACAUCCUUUACCACAUCUACGAAGGGUUCGACUUACCACGUUUGUCCAAGUGUUCCCUGGAUCCUUGCCCGAACACGGUGGACUGUUACAUAUCCCGCCCCACAGAGAAGAAGAUCUUCACUCUCUUCAUGGUGGUGUCCUCUGCUGUCUGUAUCUUGAUGUGUAUCUGUGAGAUGUUUUACUUCAUCUGCAAGAAAGUCAAGAAACGAAUCAAGAGGAAAAUAAAUGAAGACAGGCAGGUGUUCGCAGAGACUCACGAGCUGAAGCCAUUGUCAACAGCUUUUCCAAGGCACAAGUCUAGAUCAUCUUUGAGAGUGGAUCCGACAGUGUCUAACCAGAACCUGAGUAACAUCAAGACUGAGGAGACACCAACUAAGAAAUAA